AUGACUCAGACAAAGAAAUUGUCACGGAUAGAGGCUGCCGCGGGACACACUGCCCAAUUCAGAGCCCUCGGUCGUACAGGUCUUUGCAGAAGCCAGGUCAAGCCAGGGGAUUUAUCGGCAGAGACCAUACAGAUAGGCUUGUACGUCAAGACAGAUAGUAAACUGACCAAUUGUGAGAAGAUUCGGGCCCGCCUCCGAUGUUCCGGAAACGCAAAAAUUUGGACGCUGCAACUUGCACAAGCGUCGCCGAUUUCGUCGCUCCACCACAUCCCACUUUCGUCCCAUCCCCAUCGCCUUGGUUUAAUCCACCGCAACAUAAACCACCUUGAACAUAGCAAUUCCACCGCAUUCGAGCCGUGGACUCUCUCUUCCCACUCUGUAAACUCCCUGCACCUGUCAUACCACUUUCUCUUUUUGCUGAACGCCUUGCUUCAAACGAUAGGGAACACCUCCAGCAAUGGCUGGGUGGUGCAGAAGUUCGGCGGAACCAGUGUUGGAAAGUUUCCAGACAAGAUCGCCACGGAUAUUGUCCGAGCAAGCCUUUCCCACAACAAGGUCGUCGUCGUCUGCUCGGCAAGAAGCACGGGCAAGAAGAUUGAGGGCACCACCAGCCGACUGCUUGGCGUGUUUAACAAGCUCAAGGGCAUUGCGGCGCCCACGACGCCCGAAGAGACACAGAAUGAGCUCAUGAACGAGGCCAAGGGUCUUAUUGAUGACAUUUGCAAGGACCACGUAUCGGCAGUUAAGACUUUCCUGCGCAACCCAGAAUUACAGGCCUCCUUGGAACAGGAGAUCCGCGACGAGUGCCAAGAGCUGGUCGAGUACAUCGUCGCAGCCAGGAGAUUUAAUCUCGAGGUCAACUCAAGAUCAAAGGAUCGAUGCAUCAGCUUUGGUGAAAAACUCAGCUGCCGGUUCAUGGCCGCAUUGCUGAAGGACUUGGGCGUCGCCGCGGAAUAUGUGGAUCUCAGUGACGCGUUCCACCAUGAUGCCACGGCUCGUCUGAGCCAGGGCUUCUACCAGGAGGCCGCAGCGGUACUGAGGAAAAAGAUCACGGCUUGCGAGGACCGAGUCCCCGUGGUCACUGGCUUCUUUGGCAACGUUCCCGGAAGCCUGAUCGAUGGUGACAUUGGACGAGGCUACACGGAUCUCUGCGCGGCGCUGUGCUCAGUCGGUCUGAAGGCGGAUGAGCUCCAGGUGUGGAAGGAGGUUGAUGGAAUCUUCACAGCAGACCCGACCAAGGUUCCUACGGCCCGCCUGUUGCACUCCAUCACACCAUCUGAGGCAGCCGAGUUGACGUUCUACGGUUCCGAGGUCAUCCAUCACUUGACCAUGGAUCAGGUUAUUCACGCCUCGCCCCCUAUUCCCAUCCGCAUCAAGAACGUCAAGAACCCAAGGGGAGUCGGCACCAUCGUCGUGCCCGACCCCAUCCUCACGGCCGGCCACCAGAUCCAACGGUCAGCACCCGCAGACCCGUCCCUGGUCCAAAAGCCAAAGAGACCCACGGCUGUUACGAUCAAGGACAAGAUCUCCGUCAUCAACGUGCACUCCAACAAGCGGUCCAUCUCCCACGGCUUCUUCGCAAAGGUCUUCUCUAUCCUCGACAGCAACCAGAUCUCUGUCGAUCUCAUCUCCACGAGUGAAGUUCACGUGUCCAUGGCCAUCCACGCCGGAAAUUCAGAGGGUGGCAGCUUCGACAAGGCGCGGCUUGAGCUGGAGGAAUGUGGCGACGUCAGCGUGCUCCAUGACAUGGCCAUCCUGAGUCUGGUUGGUGCGGAGAUGAAGAAUAUGAUUGGUAUCGCCGGUCGCAUGUUCUCCACGCUAGGCGAGCACAACGUCAACUUGGAGAUGAUCUCACAGGGUGCCAGCGAGAUCAAUAUUUCCUGCGUCAUUGACGCCCGCGACGCUACUCAAAAGAAGAAAGAACGAAGAGUCUGGGUCAGCUUUGGCAUCAAAAUUCUAGGCGUUGGUAGAGUAGAUCGCGGAUCAGGUCCAGAGGCAAUCGAUCAUAUCGACACACCAUCAACUAAUGAACCGGCAAUCAAGAACCACCCCAAUAGCCGUCGCACACGGCUCUGCCCCGCCACUUCUUUCAUGAGCUGGGCGCAGACCCUUGUCAAUUCCGAUAAGAUAAGCAGCACCAGAAGGAUCCACAACCGACCCUGGAAGGGCUCGUUCAAGGUUGCUUUGCGACGAUCUUCUCCUGUCAACAUAACUGCAUCCAACCUCGAAUCCCACACGCGCCACUUAUCGGAACCCUGCCCACGACAUAUAGAUCCUACCAUCGUACCUCGAAAACAACCCCCUCUUCCAUAUCAGCAACCGUCCACCAAAGAACGCCCCGAAAAAAGAACGCCCAAGAUGCCGAAAGCAGAAGUCGGCUCGACAAAGCACCUGAGCAACAAGCUCAAGAGCAAAGGCCUCCAGCGGCUGCGCUGGUAUUGCCAGGUCUGCGAGAAGCAGUGCCGCGACGAGAACGGCUUCAAGAUGCACACGCAGUCCGAGUCGCACGUGCGGCAGAUGCUCGUCGUGGGCGAGGACCCGAAAAAGUUCCUCAACGAGUACAGCAACCAGUUCCUCCGCGACUUCACGCAGCUGCUGCGCACGGGGCACGGCGAGAAGCAGGUGCAGAUCAAUCACUUUUACCAGGAGUACAUUGCCAACAAGGAGCACGUGCACAUGAACGCGACAAAGUGGCCCAGCUUGACCGAAUUUGCGAAGCAUCUGGGGCGGGAAGGCAUCUGCCGCGUCGAGGAGAACGAGAAGGGUAUUCACAUUGCGUGGAUCGAUAACUCGCCAGAGGCGCUCAAGAGGCAAGAGGCGUUAAGGAGGAAAGAGGCCCAGGAUCGGGGCAAUGAGGAGGUGGAGCAGAUGAUGAUUCGUGAGCAGAUCAAGAGGGCGCAGAAGGCAGCCGAGGCGAGGGGCGAGAAGCCCGAUGACGAAGAAGGGCGGGAGAGGGGUUUGCAGAGGACGGAAGGAGAGAAGGUGUCGUUGUCGUUCGGCGCCAAGCCUGCGGCGGCGAAGAAGGAGCCCAGCCCAACGGGAGCGCAGUCCAAGUCCGCCGAUCCUGAGGUCUCGACUACAGCGACGAAUACAGUGGCGUCUGAGAAGACAGAGGACAAGCCUGUCGAGAAGCCGUCUCUCGGAGGCGGUCUAUCGCUCAAGAUGACGGCGAAACCUCAGACCAAGAAUGUGUUUGCGCAGGCGAAGAAGAACGCGCUGGUGGGCGGCGCGAAGAAGUCUGCCUUUGAGCAACCGAAGAAGAUGAGUGAGGCGGAAAGGAUCAUGAAAGAGGACAUGGAGAGGCAGAAGGGGAAACGAUCACGAGACGGAUCUGGGUCUGGUUUUGGCGGGUUUGCGUUCAAGAAGCAAAAGACGGAUCAGCGGUGA